CCUCAAAGCCAAAAUGUCAUCCACGGAUCAGUUGCAACAGUCAGCUGUUACUGCCACCUCCACGAAUGGCGACUCUGAAUCACUGUCACACAUGUUAAGUUCCGGCCGUGAACGUGGCGGUUGGGUCACCUUUUUCUUUAUUUCAGCAACUUUGACAGGAUUGAUGAUAGCUGGUUGGGGAUGGCUGACGAAUUUGAUCGUGUAUUUGAUCGAGGAGUUCAAUGUCAAGAGCAUUGACGCUACUCAGAUAGCCAAUGUGGUCAACGGUUCCAUCAAUUUGAUCCCAAUUAUUGGAGCUGUUUUGGCCGACUCUUUCCUUGGUUCUUUCCAUGUCGUUUCAAUCUCUUCACUCUUCUCUUUACUGGGAAUAAUUGUUCUAACCUUAACAGCAACACUUAGCCAUUUGAGACCACACUGUGAAACAGAUUCAAGCUUGUGCAAUGGUCCAUCGAAGCUCCACUUAGCUGUUCUAUAUUCUGGUAUCACCUUGGCAUCAAUAGGCCUGGGGGUGGUUCGUUUCAUAUUAGCAACAUUAGGAGCCAAUCAAUUCGAUAAUCCUCAAGAUCAAGGAAGAUUCUUCAACUGGUUUUUCUUCACAUUCUAUGCAGCCUGUGUUGUUAGUUCAAUAGGCAUCGUCUAUGUAGAGGAUAAUAUUAGUUGGGGACUUGGAUUUGGAAUUUGUGCAGCGUUUAAUUUUCUGGGUUUUAUUAUUUUCUUGCUGGGAAAUCGUUUCUACCGCCAUGAUAAGCCUCGAGGAAGCCCUUACACGAGUUUGGCUCGUGUGAUUGUUGCUGCAAUACGAAAGAGGAAAGUCUUGGUUUCAUCUGAAAGCAAGGAUUAUCACCAUGAGAUUAAUGAUGAAGAUGGAAAAUCCAUUGCUACAAUGCCUAAACGGAGCUUCAGGUUCUUGAACAAUGCCGCUAUGAAAACUGAAGGAGACAUUAAUUCAGAUGGAUCCAUAGCCAAGCCAUGGAGAUUAUGCUCUGUUCAACAGGUUGAGGACUUGAAAACUCUUGUCAGAAUUUCCCCAUUAUGGGCCAGCACUGUAUUUUUAACUACCCCAAUUGCAAUUCAAAACAACAUGACAGUUCUCCAAGCUCUAGCAAUGGAUCGUCACCUCGGCUCCGAUUUCAAGAUCCCCGCCGGUUCAAUUACGAUCGUGGUUUUAAUCUCCUCGGCCACCUUCAUCGCCCUGUUGGACCGGUUUCUUUACCCCAAUUGGAAGAACCUGACAGGCCGGUCAUUAACACCCUUGCAAAAAAUCGGAACAGGCCACGUUUUCAACAUCCUAAGCAUGGCGAUCUCCGCCGUGGUGGAGUCAAAGAGGCUAAAAACAGCCCACGAAAACCACCUCCAAGGCCAGCAGGGUGGAACCGCCGCCGUGGUGCCAAUGCUGGCCUUAUGGCUGUUUCCUCAACUCAUCGUAGUUGGCAUCGGAGAAGCUUUCCAUUUCCCGGGGAACGUUUCGUUGUACUAUCAAGAAUUCCCCGUUUCCAUGAAAAGCACAGCGACUUCCAUGAUUUCCAUUGUUGUCGGCGUCGCUUUCUACGUCAGCGCAACGGCGGUUGAUCUGAUAAGGAACGUCACCGGAUGGUUACCGGAUGAUAUUAACGAGGGAAGAUUAGACAGUGUUUACUGGAUUUUCGUGGUGUUGGGGUUACUUAAUUUUGGUUAUUUUUUACUGUGUGCUAAGCUUUACAGGUAUCAAAAUCUUCAAUAAUAAGGGUUUAUUGAAUAUAAAAUUAUGAUUUU